AUGGCACCACUCGUUCUGCCUUCAGUCUUAAUCGCGAGCGCAUAUUUACUGUCAACUGUGUCUGCGGCGCCAAAUGUAGAUGAGCUCGUUGGAACAUGGUCUACGAAGUCCGCCGCAGUGUUGACUGGCCCAGGCUUUUACAAUCCAGUCAAUGAUACGCUACUCGAACCUACUCAUACUGGAAUCUCAUAUUCUUUCACCGCCGAUGGCUACUAUGAAGAGGCAUAUUAUCGAGCGAUCUCAAAUCCUGCGAAACCGAGCUGUGUAUCUUCGAUCAUGCAAUGGCAACACGGUAAAUUCGUCUUAAACUCGGAUGGAUCUCUUAGUCUGAGUCCCUUUAGUGUGGAUGGUCGUCAGUUGGAAUCUGCUCCAUGUACUGCCGGGACUGCAACAUACACACGAUACAACCAGAGCGAGACACUCCAGAAAUACCAAGUCUACACGGAUCCUUAUACGAAAUUAACUCGACUUGAUCUUUACCAAUUCGAUGGAAAACCUGUAAACCCGAUGUUUUUAGCCUAUAGUCCCGCUCUAAUGCUUCCUACUGAAACUCUCAACCCUACAACUUCAGCAACGUCAACUUCGAGCUCUAAAAUGAAGCGGUGGCUGGGAUACGGGGACGAACCUGAAGAGCCCACAACUUCGGAAGGCUACCUUCUUCCUCUUAACAAGAACGCCAAGCAUAUCAGUCGCGGUAUCGAGCAACCUUCGCUUAUCAAUCGCAUCGAUCUUGACCUCGUUUGGUGGGCUGGAGUCGGAUUAACCAUCUUUGGAGGCGCAGCAUAUCUGUUAUGA